CUUCUUAAACCAUCUAUAAAUAGAGGGCACACUCACUUGCUCAUCCCAUAAUUACUGAUCACUGCCUUCUUCUUCUUCUUCUUCUUCUUCUUGCCAACUGACAUUUUCUUCGGAAAGAAAAAUGGCCUGCUCAAAGACUUUCCUCCUUCUUGGCCUCGCCUUUGCUGUUGUUGCUCUCAUUGCUUCUGAGGUAUCUGCUCGAGAGCUUGCUGAGACUACUCAAACCAAGGAAAAUGAGGAAGUAGAUGGAUAUGGACACGGAGGGUAUGGCGGCGGAAGGUACGGCAACGGAGGAUACAACGGGGGCCGUGGGGGAUACAACGGCGGCCGUGGAGGAUACAACGGUGGGCGUGGAGGAUAUGGAGGAGGGCGCGGAGGAUAUGGACAUGGAGGACGCGGAGGAUAUGGGGGUCACCCUGGUCACGGUGGUCACCCUGAUGCUACAAGUGAGACACAAGUGGCAAGUGAAGGUGGAAACUAGGUGAAGAACCACAGACGCCCUAGCGAGCUGCUACUAUAUGUGUCUCUUUAUAUAUAAGUAUGUAAUUAAGUGAGAGUUUGCGAGUGAGAAUAAAGGAUGUUCAAUGAGAUCUUUCUAUUUAGAAAUAAUUAAUAUCAUGACUUGCUCAACUGUUCGUGGUCA